AAGGACUAUGAUGUGGAGAAGGUUGCUCAGAAGUCUGAUGAAAGCCAAGUAGAUGGUGGACAAGGAAACCUGCCUGGCACUAGAAAAAUCUAUGAGUUCUACAACGCACCAAUUGUCAAGUUCUGGUUUCACACGAUGGCGUACAUGGCAUUUCUCAUGCUCUUCACUUACACUGUGUUGGUGAAGAUGGAACCAAGACCAAGUGUGCAAGAGUGGCUUGUUAUCAUUUAUAUUUUCAGCACUGCUAUUGAAAAAGUCAGGGAGGUAUUUAUCUCAGAACCUGGAAAAUUCCGCCAAAAAGUGAAGGUGUGGAUUUAUGAAUACUGGAAUUUUACCGAUUCUAUAGCUAUCAUCCUGUUUAUGAUUGGUUUUGGCUUGCGCUGGUCCGAUGGCCCUGUUCAAACUGCAGGGAGGCUACUUUACUGCUUGGAUAUAAUAUUUUGGUAUGCUCGACUCCUUGAUCUUUUUGCUGUGAAUCAGCAUGCUGGCCCAUACCUGACAAUGAUUGGGAAAAUGACAGCAAACAUGUUCUAUAUUGUGGUCAUGAUGGCCAUAGUGCUGUUGAGUUUUGGAGUGUCACGAAAGGCAAUCCUUUCACCAGAGGAGCCUCCUUCUUGGACUCUGGCACGAGAUAUUGUAUUUCAACCCUACUGGAUGAUGUUUGGUGAGGUCUAUGCUGGAGAAAUAGACGUCUGUGAAACCAAUGAAGACUGUCCUCCUGGCUCCUUCCUCACUCCGUUCCUCCAAGCUGUCUACCUCUUUGUGCAGUACAUCAUCAUGGUCAACUUGCUUAUUGCUUUCUUUAAUAAUGUUUAUUUUGAUUUGAAAUCCAUAUCGAACAAGCUCUGGAAGUACAACCGGUACCGCUACAUUAUGACCUACCAUGAGAAGCCAUGGCUGCCUCCACCUUUCAUCCUCCUGAGCCACAUUGGACUUCUGAUAAACCGCAUCUUCCACCAUCGGCCCCCAAAUGAGCUGGAUCAAGAGGAAGGUGACGUUGGACUAAAGCUGUACCUGAGUGAUGAGGAGUUAAAGAAACUACAUGACUUCGAGGAACAGUGUGUGGAAAAAUAUUUUCAUGAGAAGAAUGAAAGCCUGAGUUCCAGUGACAGUGAAAGGAUCCGUCUGACAACAGAAAGAGUGGAGGAAAUGUUUCUGCAGCUUAAAGAAGUGCAUGAGAAGGUGUUUUAUAUCAAGGAGUCUUUACUCUCCCUGGACAGCCAGCUAGGACAUUUGCAAGACCUGUCUGCCUUGACAGUGGACAUCCUGAAAGUGCUUUCAGCUGUAGACACCUUGCAGGUGGAAGAAGCCUUAUUGGCUGACACAAAACAUCGAACCUGCAGGAAGCUGCCCCAUAGCUGGAGCAAUGCUCUCUAUUCCAAGACCUUGAGCAGCCUGGAGUGUUUGUAUGACAAGAAGUACCACUACUACAGCAUGCCACCCUCCCUCUUACGGAGCUUGGUAAGGAGUCAGUGGCCAUCAGAGUGCAAAGACCACAUAUUGAGGACUGAGAGUAACAAGGUGGUAGAAGAGAGCUUUCAAAAGAUAGAAAUAGAAAGUGACACACUCACUUCGGGAGUAUCCUCUGAGACUAAGUCAACUUCUAGAUUUGGACAAUUUUUGUUGGUGCCCCCUGACCAUCAGGGAGGGUCUUUCUCUGAGGAUGUCACCUUAAAUUUGUCCUUUUUGAGCACUGCUGCCAAGUACAGGGACGAUGAAUUCAGAGAUGAACUGCAAAGUAGCAUUGUGGUGCAGCAAAAUUUGAGGAGUGUCAACCUCAUUGGAAAAGAGCCAGAAGAUUAUCAGUGGAGCCAGAGAGACUUUGUUAGUCAUUUGCCAUCAGAAAAGACUAAUGCUGCAAAGGUCGAUCAUCCUCUUGGUCUCCAGCCAUCGUUGGAUAUUGAAGAGAGUGCAGCACCCUCCUGCAAUGACAGGGAAGAAGCUGAAGGUGGUUAUGUGAACUGGGGAUUCUCUGAAGGUGAUGAAAAAGGGGUUUUCAGCUCAGGGAAGAAACAAAAGAAGGUCCUGUGCAUACAUUCCACCUAUAACAGUGACUGCAAUUGCACAGGUAGUCCUCCCAGGCAUGUCCAGAUAAGAGAAUCAAAAUCCUUCUCCUACAACUUGGACAGGUCACAUCACAGCAGCAUCAUCUCUCAGAACAAGCUAAAACGCAGCACGUCCUUCUGGAUCAGCCCACUUUGGAGGGACUGGAGCUUCUGCAGGAGCAACAGCUUACAGUCCCCUAAGAAAGAGAAAACAGGGAAAACCUGCAAGACCAUAGGUGCGAACUGCAUGAGUAUUAGCUUUAGGUGUCACAAGUCUUUCUCAGCUUGCUUUGGAGAUCUGCCAACUCUCAGUCUUAUCAGAGCUUCUCUUAGUAAACAAAAGGUGAUUAGAGUGGAUGAUUGUCCCCAGAACACCCAAGUGAGCUCAGAGCCUGCAGAGAUCAAUGUCUGGGAUGAACAAGAGAAACACAGCAAGAACUGGCUCACUGUGUCUAAUUUCAGUCAGCUAAGUUUGGAACGUCUCAGUUACAUGCAGCAGAAAAUGAAAAAUCAAGACAUCGGUAGGCAUACCAUACCAUUCUGUGAUUACCUGAGACAUUCUCGAGAGGAUUUGAGUAAUAGCAUAUUUGGAACCACCAAGAAACAUAGCUUUGCCUGCUUGAAAACAUCUCAAGAUCUGCAUCAUCACUACUCUGCUGUUGAAAGAAACAACUUAAUGAGACUUGCUCAGACCAUACCAUUUACACCAGUCCAGCUCUUUGCUGGAGAGGAAGUGACGGUCUAUCGGCUAGAAGAAAGUUCACCUAUGAACCUUGAUAAAAGCAUGUCUUCCUGGUCCCAGCGUGGUAUGGCUGCAAUGAUCCAAGUCUUGUCACGGGAGGAGAUGGAUGGAGGUCUGCGGAGGGCCAUGAAGGUCAUUUGUACUUGGUCUGAGAAUGAUGUAUUAAAGUUGGGACAAGUAUUUAUUGUGAAGUCUUUUCUGCCAGAGGUGGUUCAGACUUGGCAAAAGAUCUUUCAUGAUGGCACAGUGUUACAUCUCUGCCUGAGGGAGAUCCAACAGCAAAGGGCUGCCCAGAAGUUAAUCUAUACCUUCAAUCAAGUGAAGCCUCAUACUAUUCCCUAUACUCCAAGGUUCCUGGAAGUUUUCCUCAUCUACUGCCAUUCAGCGAACCAGUGGCUGACCAUUGAAAAGUACAUGACUGGCGAGUUUCGGAAAUAUAACAACAACAACGGAGACGAGAUUACUCCCAGCAGCUUGCUGGAAGAGCUGAUGCUGGCCUUCUCUCACUGGACCUACGUGUACACCCGUGGGGAGCUCCUUGUCCUGGAUUUGCAAGGUGUUGGGGAAAACCUUACAGAUCCGUCUGUGAUUAAACCUGAAGACAAAAAAUCUGGAAAGAUGGUAUUUGGACCAGCAAACCUAGGAGAAGGUGCAAUAAGAAAUUUCAUCACAAAGCAUCGUUGUAACUCUUGCUGCAGGAGGCUGAAACUUCCUGAUUUAAGAAGUGACUACACACUGGAAAGGGUUGGUCCAGCCUUCGAAAUAGAAAUGGAGACAAGCACCAGAGGAGCUGACGAUGCAGAUGAGCCUUUGGAGUAUGACACGCGGCUGUGA